AUGUCAGCCUCCCCAACUCUCCUCGACGGGAUGAAGACGAAUCCCAAAUUCAUAUUCUUCAGCGACUUCGAUGGGACGAUCACUCUGCAAGAUUCCAAUGACUUCCUAACAGACAACCUUGGAUAUGGAGAAAGGUUACGGAAGGAGUCAAACGCCGCAGUGUUGGCUGAUAAGGAGUCGUUCCGCAGCUCCUUCCAAGGAAUGCUUGACAGCGUUAAGACACCUUACGACGAGUGCAUCAAAUAUUUGCUGGAAAACGUCACAUUAGACCCUUACUUCAAGGAAUUCUAUACCUGGUGCCGAGAGAAUAAUGUCCCUGUGGUGGUCCUGAGCAGCGGAAUGGCGCCAAUCAUUAGAGCCCUGUUGGUCAAUUUCCUGGGGAAGGAAGCCGAGGAUAUCCAGAUUGUGAGCAAUGAUGUUACACCUAGGGGCGAGAAGAGCAUCAAUGAAGAGGGAGGAUGGAAUAUUGUCUUCCAUGACGAUAGCCAUUUCGGACAUGACAAGUCAAUUGAGAUCCGAAAAUACGCACAGCUACCGGAGAGCGUCCGACCCGUCAUGUUCUACGCUGGAGAUGGAGUCUCGGAUCUGUCUGCUGCUAAGGAAACAGACUUGCUAUUCGCAAAGCAAGGACGUGACUUGGUCACCUACUGUGCGAGGGAAAAUGUCCCAUUUACAGUAUUUGAGGACUUCUCAUCGAUAUUGGCUACCGUCAAAGAUAUCGUGGCUGGGAAGACAGACGUUGUUAAGGUGGCCGCAGAAGGCUAUGAGAAUUUCAAGCAGGGAAAGAAAUAG